ACAUACAUGAACUCAUCCCGGGAUCAGCUGCCAGGAGGCGGCCCUUAUCACAGGAUUCAUUCCCAGUUGGCACAGAGCACCAGCCCUGCCAGAUGCACUGCAGCACCAACACAUGAAGCAUCCCCAUGUUGGACCGGGGCGGAGCUGCGCUGCCGGGGAGGGAAGGACUCUACGGUCCUAUAAAGACUGUGGACGGGACGACGGGGCUCAAACUCUGGACCUGGACUGUAGAAUGGCACAGAACGGAACGGCAGAGAUUGGCGCGACAGAGGAGAAACCAGCUUUACCUCUACCCCGACCUGUCACAGUCCAGGAGAUCAGACACACCAAGAUGUUCAUCGACAAUGAGUGGCGCACAUCCAGCAGAGGGAGAACAUUUCCAACCUUCAACCCAGCUACAGGUGUCAAAAUCUGCGAUGUCCAAGAGGCAGACAAAGAGGAUGUGGACCAGGCGGUGGCGGCGGCCAGAGCGGCCCAGCAGAGAGGCUCUCCGUGGCGGCGGAUGGACUCGUCCAGCCGGGGGAGGCUGCUGCACAGACUGGCCGACCUGCUGGAGAGGGACCGGCUGCUACUGGCGACACUGGAGACUCUGGACACAGGCAAGCCGUUCCUGCAGUCUUUCUUCGUUGACCUGGAAGGCAGCAUCAAAACCCUGCGCUACUACGCGGGCUGGGCUGACAAGAUUCACGGCAAGAGUAUGCCUAUAGAUGAAAGCUUCAUGUGUAUAACCAAACAUGAGCCUGUUGGCGUGUGUGGAGCCAUCAUUCCAUGGAACUUUCCUCUGCUGAUGUUCAUGUGGAAGAUAGCGCCAGCCCUGAGUUGUGGAAACACUGUGGUCAUUAAGCCAGCAGAGCAGACCCCCCUCACAGCCCUCCACGUUGGAUCACUCAUCAAAGAGGCAGAGUUCCCACCUGGAGUAGUGAACAUCGUUCCAGGGUUUGGUUCCACAGCAGGAGCAGCCAUUGCCAGCCACAAGGACAUUGACAAAGUGGCCUUCACUGGCUCUACAGAGGUGGGCCAGCUGAUCACAGAAGCAGCAGCCAAAAGUAAUUUGAAGAGAGUGACUUUGGAGCUGGGAGGCAAGAACCCUUGCAUUGUGUUUGCUGACUGUGACUUACAGACGGCCGUGGAGGAAAUCCAGAAAGGAGCUUUUUAUAACCAGGGUCAGUGCUGCACAGCUGCAUCACGUGUGUUUGUGGAAGAAACUAUUUACGAAGAGUUUGUGCAUCGCAGCAUAGAAAAUGCUAAGAAGAUUGUUAUAGGAGACCCACUGGACCCCCAGACAUCACAUGGACCACAGAUUGACCAACAGCAGUUUGACAAAAUUAUGGAUCUGAUUGAGAGUGGUAAAAAGGAGGGAGCCAGACUCGAGUAUGGAGGAGGAGCUGUGGGUGAGAAGAGCCUCUUCAUUCAACCCACCAUCUUCUCCAGCGUUAAGGACCACAUGCGCAUCGCUAGUGAAGAGAUUUUUGGUCCAGUGCAGUGUAUAUUCAGCUUUAAGAGCCAAAUGGAAGCAAUCCAGAGAGCAAACAGCUCACAAUAUGGCCUAGUAUCAGCAGUCUUUACAGCAAGUAUGGACAGAGCACUCUCUGUGUCUGCAGCCCUGGAGACUGGCACUGUUUGGAUAAACUGCUAUAAUGCCCUUCAUACCCAAACUCCCUUUGGAGGGUAUAAGAUGUCAGGCAAUGGACGAGAGCUUGGAGAGUAUGCUCUGGCUGAGUACUCUGAAGUAAAAACAGUGACCAUCAAACUGAGUGAAACCAUAUGACAAGAACUGGGAAGGUUCAGUGCUCUGCACUUGCAGUCACAUCAGGAUAGAUCACAAUUCUCUUCAACCCACACGUUUCUAUGACCGUCUUCAGUCAAGCUCAUUAUGUUGAGCCAAUAUAGCAGUCUAUAGAGAACUUUAACUUUAUUAUUUGUCCCUUGAGGGGCGACUUGUUAUGCAGCAGUUACACAAGCAUUCACAAUAAACAAACAAUAAAAACAAUUAAAAAAUGUUUAAAAAACACACAAUAAAAACUAUAUCAUAGCACUAGUGUCAUCAUUUGUCCACUGUUUGUAUACUGUAGGUAAGGAUGGAUUUUUACUCAACAGCUACAUUAAUGUUAGUAUGUAAAACUGAUAAUUUUGUAAUUUUCAAAGAAUAUCCCAAUAAUUUAUUCUGAAGUUUUAUGCAAGUAUGGGAAUUGAUAUUUUAGUUAAAUUUGAUACAGUGCUCAGUUGGUGUAUAUCCAACUAACCCAUGGACAACAGCAAGUUAGUAUAUUUAUAAAUGUAUAAUGUGUCUGCUGUCAAGCAUAUGAGUCUGUUAAUGUGACAAGUGAAUUUACCAGCAGACAAUUAGUAAUCAGUUAAUGUAUACUUGGGUUAAAAUGCAGUAGUUAUUUCAGUAAAAUUCAAAUUUUACUCAUAAUUAGUAAUUAAUUUUGGAAUUUUUAUUCAGAAGACAAAAACUGAGAAAAUGGGCUUUAUCACAGGAUGAAAUUUACUCAUCACAGAGAUAGUUCACUUGUCACAAUACCAAAGUGUUCAGAUGUCUUCAUGUUCAUCUCUAAUCCUCAUGUUGUGUGUUUUUACUGUUCAUUCAACAUCUUAGUCUAUUUCACUGUUGCAUUGUUGGAACUGUGGCAUCUAUCGCUUAACUCCACAAUUCCUUGUUUACAUUUCCUGAAAAGUAUUUUCCUGAAUCUGCAUUGUGACUUAAACACAUAAUCUUUGAACUAUCUAUAUACUACCGCCUAAUAUCAACAUAAGCAAUAUGAAAAGGUCAAGAAAAGAAGUUUAUUUAUGUAUUUGCUGAGUACAGAUGUAUGCAGACAAUUUUUUUGUUUCAAACCUGGGUGUGAUUUAAUAUGGAUGUCAUUUCUGACUUUUAUACGUUGGAAGGAACUCGGUUCCUUGUCCAAGAUAUUGCAAAAUUUCCUUUGCCACUAACAGUUUAGCACUGUAAUAGCAACGAUGUCAUUACAAGAGUAGUGCCAUUUUAAAAAAAAUAAAAUUUUUAAAUGUUUUAAAUGAGAUUUUUUUCCUUUGACCAACAUAUGUGGUUUGAAUGGGGAAUAAGCAUGUAAUAGGUUUUCUCACAUUACUUUUGUACCUAAAUAGAAAUUCUGAAUAAAGGAAAUCAAAGAGA